AUAUAUAGUUGGCGCCAAACUCUUUCUUCUAUUUCAUUAUUCUUCCGUUAUUACUCUCUUAAAACGCUCUUUCUUUUCAUCAAUCUUCAUCAUCAUCUUCUUCUUCUUCUUUUAAUUCUCUUUCUUUUCAUCAUAAUCAUCAAUCAGUUCAUCUUCGAAGACACAAUGUGGAAUCUUGAUUGUGAUUGGUACACUCCAAGAAGCCUCCUCAGCACUCCAACCGAUUAUCAUUUUCCAGGUGAUCGGUUCAUACCUAAUAGGAGUUUGAUGGAUCUUGAUCAAGCCCACACUUUCCUCACUAACAAACCAACCCAAAAAUUUCACAAUAAACAUUUCAAUGAUGCGUAUAGACAGAAAUUGGAUGAGAAACUGACUUUGGAUUCAGAAGGGAAGCCGUUUCGGAUGUUAGUUUUUAGGGGAAGUCCAAAAGUAAGUAAAAAAUCCAUUCGUCAUAUGGAUGUGAUUCGACAAGAAGAGGAAGCGGCAUUUCAAAACAACCGCAAUCAACUUAUCCGUCGUAGGCUGCCUAAGAAGGAAUCAAGAGUAUUGGAUGCGCCAAAAAUAAGAAAUGAUUUCUACACAAACACUAUGGAUUGGGGGAAAAACAACAUUCUAGCUGUUGCUUUAGGCAGAGAAAUAUACCUUUGGAACUCAGUUACUGCUGAUGUAUUUCAGUUGUUUAAAGCCAAUGAUAACAAUUAUCCAACUAGUGUUUCCUGGUCGGAGGAUUCAAAGUAUUUGGCAACAGGAUUUAUGCACUCUAAUCUUCAUCUCUUUGAUGCCGAGACUUCCAAGACGAUAAGAAAGCUAGAAGGUCAUAGUCAAAGGAUAGCAACUCUAGCAUGGAAUGGUCAUAUUUUAACUUCUGGAAGCCAUGACAAAUCUAUAAUCAACCAUGAUGUUAGAGCAAAAAGUAAUGUGACUUCCCGGGUAAAAGGACACAAAGCAGAGGUUUGCGGUUUAAAAUGGUCGAAAAGGCGAAAUAUAUUGGCGAGUGGUGGCAAUGAAAAUCACAUCUAUAUAUGGGAAUCAAAUAAAAUGAACUCAUCAAAUUUCUUGCAUUGUUUUAAAGGCCAUUGUGCUGCUGUCAAAGCACUUGCUUGGUGCCCUUAUGAUUCAUCAGUGCUUGCUUCUGGAGGUGGCACGGAUGAUCGAUGUAUUAAGCUAUGGAAUGUACAAAAGGGAACCAAUAUUUGCAGCAUAGAUACCAAAGCUCAGGUUUGUGGAUUAGAAUGGAAUAGACAUCACAAAGAGAUAUUAAGUGGCCAUGGAUUUAGUACAAGUGCAGAAUACAAUCAACUUUGUUUGUGGGAGUAUCCAUCUAUGACUAAAGUUGGAGGCUUGGACCCUCAUGCUUCGAGAGUCCUCCAUCUUUCUCAGAGUCCAGAUGGAUUAACAACAGUUUCAGCUGGAGCAGACGAGACUCUUCGUUUUUGGGAUGUUUUUGGGCCACCUGCUACUAAAACAAAAGAAGCUUCGGUUCUGGAUAACCUUUUGUCGUUGAAGAUAUCACCAAUAAGAUGAUGAAAACAUAAUUUUGUUCUUAGUAGUAUUCUUUUAUGUAAAUUAUUAGUAUUUUUCACAUUGUUUUUACUAUAACAGUGCAAGUCGAUUUUUUUAAUUAUUAUUUUGACAAUAAUUGAUUUUCCUUUUGUAACAAAUAUUAUUCUAGGAAAUUUAAUGAAGUACUAUUUUUUUUUUCAGUAAUUA